AUGACUCAAGAGUCAAAAGAUGAAAAUAUGGAAUUAGAGGAGGUUGAACAAUUUGAAAAAAAUGAAACUGUAAAUAAUUGGGAUUCUCUUGUAAAAGAGGAGGAAGAAGCGGUAUUAGAAUUAAAUGAAGUUCAUUCAGAUGAGGAAUUGACAGAAUAUAGUUUGGAUGAUAAUCUUGCUAUUACAUUUCAAACUAAAUGGAAAUUAGAAACCCUUUUUGAUGAAAAUUAUUUAGGACAACCGGGAUUCAUAAAUUUAUUAAAGUAA